AUGGCCUCCAAGCCUGAGGACCCGCCCCUUACGAAUCCUUGGAUCACUAGCGAUGGCAGCCCACUCCGGGGGUUCUACUGGACGAGAAUCGACCCGAAAGUGCAACCUAACUACUGGGUAAAACAAGGAGACUUCUAUGUGGGACUGCGGGUUUCCUGUAAGUGUACCUCAAAGCCGAAAGAGGCACGCAUGCUGACCUUUGCUGUGUUUGUUCUCAGAUUGCUCCUAAUCCAAUGCUGUCUCGAUUUGCAGUGA